AACGAACUUAAAAUUGAUUGUAAUGCUGAUGAAGAAAUUGAGGUGGUCUAUGCAAACUAUGGUCGAACAUUGGUAGGCAUAUGCCCUGGUUCUAACGAGAUAAACACAAAAUGCAAUCAUCAAAACACGUCCUAUGAUGUUGUUCAGAGCAGCUGUUCAGCUAAAUCUUCUUGUGUUGUUAAAGCUACAAAUGCAGUUUUUGGUGACCCGUGCGUAGGAACAUUUAAAUAUCUUGAAGUGCAAUAUACUUGUAAACCUCAAUUACAAGUUGCACGAGCUUGUGAAGGAUAUGAUUUAAUUAUUGAUUGUAAUGCUAAAGGAGUUAUUGAAAUAGCCAAUGCUAACUACGGUAGAACUAUGUCCAGUAUUUGCCCUGGUGCUUCCGACUUAAACUCGAAAUGUGAUAACAAAAAAACUUCACUAGAAAUUGUUCAGAGAAGCUGUUCAUACAAACCUGCAUGUACUGUUAAAGCAACCAAUGCAGUGUUUGGUGACCCAUGUGUUGGAACAUAUAAAUAUCUCGAAGUAGAAUAUAAAUGCAAAUCACAAGUUAUGCGAGCUUGUGAAUGGAACGAUCUUAAAAUUGAUUGCAAUGCCAAUGAAGAAAUUGAAGUGAUCUAUGCAAACUAUGGUCGGACAUUGGCAGGCAUAUGUCCUGGUUCUAACGAAAUGAACACAAAAUGCAAUCAUCAAAAAACGUCUUUUGAUGUUGUUCAGAGCAGCUGUUCAGCUAAAUCUUCUUGUGUUGUUAAAGCUACAAAUGCAGUUUUUGGUGAUCCAUGCGUAGGAACAUUUAAAUAUCUUGAAGUGCGAUAUAAUUGCAAGCCAAAACUACAAAUUGCACAUGCCUGCGAAGGAAACGAUUUGAAAAUAGAUUGCAACGGAAAAGGAAAAAUUGAGGUGGUAAAUGCAAACUACGGUAGAACCUUGCCUGGUCUUUGUCCUGGUGGAGACGCAUUUAAUACAAAAUGUGAUAAUAAAAAAAAGUCAAUUGAAAUAGUUAAAUACAACUGUUCUUCCAAACCUAGUUGCAUUGUUAAAGCUGCCAAUGAAGUGUUUGGUGAUCCAUGUAUUGGUACAUACAAAUAUCUCGAAGUACAAUAUACUUGUGGAUAAUACUUGUACACGA